AAAAAGCAGGGCAGCCAUGAAACACCUCUUACAUUGAAACCAUGGGAGGAAGACAUCUGCUCACAGUCACAGGGCUUUUAUUCCUGAAACUUUACUGGGUUAAUGCAGAUGAAAGCUAUAAGCUUGUCUGCUAUUACACAACUUGGUCCCUGAGUAGGCAUGGGGAUGGACAAUUCCAGCCUCAAAAUAUCGACCCGAAUCUCUGCACACACAUAAUCUACAGCAGUGCAAUGUUCGGUGACAACUUUCUUCUAAAACCGAACCACAUAUAUGAGGUGGCACGUUACAAGGAAGUCAACGACCUGAAGUUAAAGAAUCCCAAACUGAAGACCCUGAUAUCUGUUGGAGGCUGGAAUUUUGGCAGCCAAAGAUUCUCCAAAAUGGUCUCCACUAAGGAAAACCGAGCAGUUUUUAUCAAGUCAGUGGUUGACUUCCUGCAGAUGUAUAAGUUUGAUGGGCUUGAUCUCAACUGGAUGCACCCUGCAAAAAGAGGAAGCCCUUCAAUUGACAAACAACGCUUUUCUGAGUUGCUUGAAGAGUUACGAGAGGCUUUUGGGGAGGAAGAUUGUUCAACAUACAUGAUCUCAGUUAUGGUGUCUGGCCAAAAAGAUAUUAUGGACAAUUCAUAUGAGGUGAACUCACUCUCCAGGAAUGCAGAUUUUGUCAACAUCAUGAGCUACGACUUGCAUUACUCUGGGGAGCCCGUCACCGGCCAUCACAGUGCAUUUGAUCAACAACCAGAAGAACGUAAUAAGAAUUUAAAUGUGAAAUUUGUCAUCUCUUACUGGAUGAGCCUUGGCUUACAGACAUCUAAGAUGCUCCUGGGAAUCCCAACUUAUGGACGCACAUAUACUUUGGCUGAUCCCAAGGAUAAUGGUGUGGGUGCGGUUGCUAAUGGAGCAGGAGCUGAAGGAAAUUACACAGCAGACAAAGGAACAUUGGCUUUUUUUGAGAUCUGCAGAGAGUUUGACUUGAAGAAGACAAGGUGGCAUCCACAAUUGCAGGUCCCUUAUGCUGUCCAGGGUAAUCAAUGGGUUGGAUUUGACAACCAAAAAAGCAUCGAACUGAAGGUGAAGUGGUUAAAAGAUAUGGGCUUGGGUGGUGUCAUGGUCUAUAAGCUGGACACCGACGAUUUUAAUGGGUUAUUCUGUGAAAUGGGUCCCUAUCCACUGAUAAGGAAGAUCAAAGACUCUCUGCUGAAAAAUGAUGGAACUAAGUAGCAGUAGCACCCAACAUUCUUCUGAAGAUGCAAGUUUAAUGUCUGCUUUUUAUCAAUAGCAAGACUCUAAAAGAAGCAACAAGCCCCAAAAGACUUCAUUAUACAGUGUGUUCUUUGCGUAAAUGGCUAAUGGAAAGUUUAUCGAAGCAAUAAAGCAAUCGUGCAUUUCUGUUUCAAGAUCAUAGAUCCAAAAUAAUCCUUUGGGCAGAAUGGAAGCAGCAAAUUAUAAUAAUUUACAUUAAA